GUCUGGUUAUGUUCUGGGCGGUCGCGGUCGUGGAGGCGCUGAGGAUUGUGGGAGAGGUGUCUAGAGAUCGGGAUUCGGGAGCGGCGUCGUCGUCGCUCGUCGUCCAUGGCUGCUGUCAAGAAGUGGUGGUGUUUGUUUCGCUCUGUGUGCGUAUGCAGAUGCAGGUGUUGAUGUGGUCUGUACUCGAGUGAAGUAAGACGGUGAAUUCGGUGGUGGCGUUGUGUGUUCCCAAUGUUCACGGGGACCGUCCGCAUCAAAAUAUGCGAGGCUCAGGGCUUACGGCCGACGGACUGCUCGAAGCGCCACAACAUGACGUUCGGCAAGGUGGCCGACGACCAGCUGAUGGACCCCUACGUGACCGUCGACGUCGACGACACUCACGUCGCCCAGACCACCACCAAACCGAAGACGCUCGACCCCGUCUGGAACGAGUACUUCGAGCAGAGCGUCGACAAGGCCAAGACGCUCACCUUGACUGUCUUUCACGACGCUGCCAUCCCGCCCGACGUCUUCGUCGCCAAUUGUAGCAUUCCCUUCGAGGAUCUGCUCAAUCGCGAGAAAGACGAGGCCGACUUUUGGGUAAAUUUAGAACCUAAAGGCCGUCUUCACGUUAGAAUAGACUUGAAGUUGACAACGAAAGAUUAUCAUGGAGCUAAACCUCGCGAGUUCAAAGAACGCCAAGGCUUCAACCGAAGACGGGGCGCCAUGCGACGGAGGGUCCACCAAGUCAAUGGUCACAAAUUCAUGGCGACUUUCCUCCGUCAGCCCACCUUCUGCUCGCACUGUCGCGAUUUUAUUUGGGGUUUGGGCAAGCAAGGCUAUCAGUGUCAAGUUUGCACCUGCGUUGUUCAUAAAAGAUGCCAUCUUCUAGUUGUUACAAAGUGUCCAGGAAUGAAAGAUGAGUCUAGUCAACAAAGUACAAGAUUUAAUGUGAAUGUGCCGCACCGUUUCGUAGUCCACAAUUACAAAAGAUUCACAUUUUGUGACCAUUGUGGUUCGUUAUUGUACGGUUUAAUCCGUCAAGGACUCCAGUGUGAAGUUUGUUCCUUAAACGUGCACAAACGUUGUCAAAAAAAUGUAGCAAAUAACUGUGGGAUUAACACGAAGCAGAUGGCAGAAAUUCUUUCAGCGAUCGGUGUUUCCCCGGACAAACAAACGCCUAGGAGGAGUAAAUACGUAUCAGGAUCAGGAGCGAAUGGCGCGAAUUAUGAAGGCCAGUCGGAGAAUCAAGCCCCGGAAGACGAAAUGGAAAACACUGAUGAACGGUUGACUAAAAUGAUGGAGGAGAAAAUGGCUAACAAUGGUAGGUUUUUAUCAAACGGAAACAAUGAGAAAUGCUUUGUUGUUUUAGGGGGAGAUGGCGCUGAGCGUAAAGGCAAAUCGAAGAUAGGUUUAGAAGACUUCAACUUUAUCAAAGUCUUAGGCAAAGGGAGUUUUGGAAAAGUGAUGCUGGCCGAGAAGAAAGAGACCGAUGAAGUAUACGCUGUGAAAGUAUUAAAAAAAGAUGUGAUUAUUCAAGACGACGAUGUCGAUUGCACAAUGACAGAGAAACGUAUUUUGGCCUUAGCCGCCAAACAUCCCUUCCUAACAGCACUCCAUUCGUGCUUUCAAACAAAAGAUCGCUUAUUUUUUGUUAUGGAAUACGUAAAUGGCGGCGAUUUGAUGUUCCAAAUCCAAAGAGCGCGAAAAUUUGACGAGCCACGAGCCAGAUUUUACGCUGCUGAGGUUACUUUAGCUUUACAAUUUUUGCACAAGCAUGGGGUUGUUUAUAGAGAUCUCAAGUUAGAUAAUAUUUUAUUAGACGCUGAAGGCCACUGUAAAUUGGCCGAUUUCGGAAUGUGUAAAGAAGGGAUUUUGGAUGGGAUUACCACUACGACCUUUUGUGGCACUCCUGACUACAUCGCACCGGAGAUCCUUCAGGAACUGGAAUAUGGCGCUAGUGUUGACUGGUGGGCUUUGGGCGUCUUAAUGUAUGAGAUGAUGGCUGGACAACCCCCUUUCGAGUCCGACAAUGAAGACGAUUUGUUUGAAUCAAUUUUGCACGAUGAUGUGUUAUAUCCGGUCUGGUUGAGCAAAGACGCUGUUAGUAUAUUGAAGGGCUUCAUGACAAAAAAUCCCAGUCGGAGGUUGGGGUGUGUGACAGCCCACGGGGGCGAGGCUGCAAUCAGGGUGCAUCCCUUUUUUAGAGACAUCGACUGGAAUGCGUUGGAACAGAGAAAAGUGAAGCCACCCUUUAAACCUAAAAUUAAGAGUAAGAAGGAUGCCUUGAACUUUGACGCCGAGUUCACGAAGGAAGAGCCAGUUUUGACACCGGUGAGCAAUGAAGUGCUGCAUUCUAUCAACCAAGAAGAAUUCACGGGUUUCUCAUUUAUCAACAGAGAAUUCAAUCCUUCACGCUUCGUCGCUGAAUAACUUUGCCACAUCCAUUUAUCCUUUCUUGUUGUCCCCUUAGUUGAAAUAAUCGCGACUCGGGUUAACCGAAAGCUUGAAAGCUUUAAUUUUUGUAAAAAUUAGAAAGAAAUGCGCUAGUACUCAUUAAAUAAUGUUAUUAAUGCAAUGUUUAUUUUAUGGAACAAAGUUUAUUUGAUUUAUUGCAGUUAACAGAGUUUAUUUAAAUUUGAUCUGAUGUAAGUUUUAAGUUUCUAAUUGCUAAGAGAAACAAAUGUAUCAGUAUGGGCCCCAUCUCAUUGCAGCUGAAUUAUCAGAAUUUUGCGUAUCGUUUAGGGGUAGUUCGAAUAUUGUGAAGUGGGGUUACUUGGAGUUUCUGUGAUUUUACGCUGAGACGCCAGAUUUACUGUCUUAACUCUAGUCACUGAAUGGCCUAUGCUCUGUAAAUAUCAAAAGAGUAAAACACGCAAGUCGGUCGAGGUUGGCCACUAUAAUGUUAAGUAUUUGUAAUUUUAAUUAAAUUGACGCACUUUCUGCAGAAGCCUUAUUGCAGUUUGUUCUCCCCCGGCCGUACUUGCUUUUCACGAGGACUCAUUCAUACAGUAUCGUCAUUAUUUUUAAAUUAUCUUUUGUAUUGUGAUAUUGUGGGAAUUUGCAAUAGAUUUAGGCCGUUGUGCCUAAUUUUGUUUAUAUUUAAAAAAAAAGUUCAACAGAGGUUGCGAACCUAUAAAUACGUUUCUCGCUUGGACGGCGACCCGCACUAGACAGAAAUAUAUAUCACUUUUCAACGUAACACACAAACACACGUAUGAUAUACGUGUUAGGGAAAUGUGCAUUAUUUUAAGAGAGCUUAAGUAGGUUGUUUACGAUUUACCAAAGAAUUUUAUUUAUUACUUUUUAACGAGAUACAUGUGUAAAUGUUGAUACUAUAUAGUUUAUGUAGGAGAAUAAUUUAUUUUGUUGGCUGCGUGAGCGGAUUUUCGCAUUGUCUCAGGACUGAUCUUUGCAAGAUUUGAGUGUGUGCGAGCCCCAACAUGUUAGUUGAGAUUUUAUCACAAAUGACACAAAGUGUUGUUUUGAGUUUCAUCUGCCAUAUAACUAAGCUAUCUAGAGAACGUUCAGCUACAUUUCGAGGAAAUGUACAUAUUGUUAAAAGUAAAAGAAAAAGUAUAUAACGUUUUAGAUAUUUAUUAAUGUGGAGCUUAGAGUAGUAGGUAAAUAAAUAAAAUUAACCCAUGCUAAUUUUAGUGUAUGUCUAGAUAAUAUCUAUAUCACAGGUCUGUGUUAGCACCGAGCUGUUCAAGAAGUACCUACUUGAGGUAGGCAGUGUAGAUUAUUUAGUUCUCUAGUAGAGCCUCAGUCUCACUCGUUCGUUCGGUUUUUGCCGUGAAGGCGCGUGCUUGCAUACGGUGUUGUGCCAAACCAUGUCCACCCUAACCCGCAGCCUUUCCGCACCUCCACCAAUGUCAAAACCCCACUCUCGCAUUGUUAUUGUUUAUAUCAUAUUUGUACUAGCAAUGUGUUGUAAAUGGUGUACCUAUUUCUCUGACGGUGUACUAAAAAUUAUAAAUAAACAUUAUUUAAUGUAG